UGGACUCGUGCCGCUGACAUGGCAACUGACAAGGGUGCGUCCGGGUUGUCGUAUUGGACCCAAGGAGUCCGGUCGCUGGGAAGCUUGGUUAAGGACAAGACGACUGCGACGGUGCGCAAAGUGAGCGGCACGACUAUUCCCGUGGAAGCGGAGCAUCGAAGCGGCGAGAGCUUUCUGCGCACGGCGUCGGACAUCCGCGAAACAGUCAAUCGAGGCGACAUUCUCACGUUGCCGAAUGGAGGAACCUUUGUCGUGAGUCGAAACCCACACGAUAUGUUCACGGCCACGGUCGUGUCGCUCAAGACGCCGCGUGGCGUGAAUCCUGGGGUGAACGACAACGAGACGUGCACCAUGACGUCUAUCAAGCGCAACACGCCGCUGAACAUGCCCAAAGUGUCUGUGCCCACGAGCAUGGAUGACGUGUACAGCGCCGCGGGGUCUGUCGGGAAGGGCAUCGUCGGCAUGGUCGGUCUGGGGGUGCAGGCGGCGUCCGAUCUGGCCGCGACUGCGAAAUCCUACGAAGAGCGCGUGCGCGUGUACGAAGCUCCGGUGGGGACGCUUCUUCAGGGCGCCAACAAGGGCUCCCGAGAGCUUCGCCUGGCGGAAGUGGCUGUCCAUGGGGUGCUGGAAGAGGUGCUGUUCGGCCUGGAGCAAAUUCCAGACUGCGUCGUUACGCUGGCUCACGACUCGAGCUAUGCAGAGACGACGUCGUCGUUGGUGAAUGUGCUACAUCGAGGAGAUGUCAUCACGAUCGACGGCGAAGCGUUCAAGGUAUCCCACAACCCCACCAAGCGAUUCCACGCUACGCAACUGCCACUCAACCACCCUCGCACCAAACCUAGUUCGGCAGAAGGGAAACCCGUGUACCGAGCCACCAGCACUGACGUUUGCAUUCGCGUGCCAAACUGCCUCGUGUCAGUAGCAACAGGGUCCAGUCACGUGACAUUUCACUCGAAGAUCCCAAAACUCGACCCAAACACCGCCGUGAUCAUCGGCGGAGAGCGCUACCGGCUGACUCAGUCGGCCAUCUCCCCGUGUCGCAGAUGCGAUGCUGUUGAGAAUGGAGCGAUGUACUUGUCGCAGACGCCCGUGGCCGUGGACGAGUGCGUGGUGAGCCUCAAACAAGGAGAAGCUGUACUGGAAACGUCAAAGAGUCUGCUGGCGCUCGUCAGUCGUGGGGACUUUGUGAAAGUCGACUCGACCGUGUACCAAAUCUCUGCGAAUCCCCUCAAACGCCUCACAGCCACAAGUUUACCUCUGGACAAGGCCAACACUGGCCCAGACGUCGUCCACGGCCGCCUUUUCUUGUAUCAAAAUGGAGUGCGGGUACUCAAAGCCGGCGACACCAUCAAAUUGGGCUCCCAAACGUAUGCGAUCGCCGACGAUCACGACGCCGAAAACAACAACGUGCUGGCGUUGGCCACCAAACUAGAUGAAGCGUACCCAGCUGGAACGGCGGUGUUUUACGUUGGCAAUCGAUAUGUCAAGGCCACGGAGAAGGCGGCGGCGGCAGCCCACCGAGCGGGGGCGUACAAGGCACCAGUGGGUCGGUUUGUGUGUCUGGUGCAAGGCUCGAACGUCCUGUUCACGGAUGGCGAUUUGCGAAGCCAGCUGAAAAAGGGCGACGAGAUCUUCAUCGCGAACCAGUCGUUCAUUGUCAGUCCAAACCCCAACGACUUGUACGCGCGCGACUGCAUUGCCCUGGAUCGGCGCUACGAAGGGCCAUCUCUGCGCAUGGCCGACACGGAGCUGGGCCACGUGGUCACGUUUGAGCGGGGGUCGACCGAGUGCCGGGUGGACUGCGACACGACUGAAAAACUGCGACAAGGCGACCAUGUGACGAUAUGUGGCGAAGAGUAUACGUUGGCGGGUGUGACGUCGUCGUGCUUGACCACGACCAGUGGCCGCACCAAAGAGAGUGUAUAUGCCACCCCCACGAUCGUGCCAGACUGUCUCGUGUCGUUAAAGCAAGGAAGCAAAUACGCUGAGACAUCGUCAAAUGUGACAGCGCGCAUCAAGCGAGGCGACCGCGUGGUGAUUGGCGGGGAAGUGUACCGCGUGAGCACCAACCAUUUCUACCGGUUCACAGCCGACCAAGUACCCCUCGACUCGGAGCGCGUGGGGGAUAGCGUCGAUAUGGACGACCUCCAGGUGGCGGCGUAUGACGGGGACCGGACCAUCCGCACGGCGACGUGUACGUAUUCUGGAAUAAGACCAACAUGCAAGACUUAUGUUUGUAGUGGACUUUUCCAUUUACAAGGUGGGCGACCGCGUGGCCGACUUGAAAGACGACCUUCAGAAACGAGAUUUAUUGACCAAAACCCAAAAAACCACUGACGCAAUCGGGGAAAAGAUGCGCCCGGGGGCGGAAAAGGUGGCGGCGUCCGCGGGAAAGCUCAAGGACGCCGCGGGGGUCGCGUAUGCCAAGGCGUUCGGGGCCACCGUGUUGAAAUAAACCCCGAAACUCCCAAACCCCGAAACCCCCAACCUACACUACACGAUCACGCCCUCGGGGGGGGGAUUGUUGCUGAUUUCCUUUCGUUUCUUGGGGCGGGGUCCUGGCUUGCUCUUGUUGGUCCUAGUAAUUACUAAUAAGUACAGCACAGGAUAUAUAUAUAUAUAUACCCGUCGGGCGUAGCUC